AUGAAGAAGAGACAAGGCGUAUACAUAAUCCUUUUUAAUACAAUCUUGCUGCUUGUCCUGGAAAUACUUGCGCACAUGAAGAGUGGUUCUGUCUCCAUACUUGGGGAAGUAUUCCAUAUGGCAAGUGACUUAGUCACAGUUACAGUGGGAUUAUUCGGUACCUUCAUUGCAACUAAAUACUCUGGUGGUGUAAAUUACACCUUUGGUCUAGUACGAGUGGAAGUACUGGCAGCAGUUGCCUCUUUGAUCUUAAUCUGGCUGCCUUCCAUUUACGUUGUAAACCUGUCUAUUAGCAGGUACUUUAAUCCUGCUGCAAUAGAUAGGGACGUAGUGGUUAUAACUGGUUUUGCCUCUCUAGUGAUUAAUUUGGUGAAUUUCUUUGUCUCUCUGAGGAUGACAAAAUCCAGAGACACGGAUAUGAGUGUUACAUCGAUAUAUAUCCAUGCACUAAGUGAUCUUACACAGUGUAUUGGUGUAUUAGUGAGUGGUCUUGUAUUAUAUUUAGACCCUUCCUUUGUGAUUGUUGAUUUAAUUGCAGCUGUAUUCUCUGCAUGCGUGUGCUUCUACGGGUCACUGGGGCUUCUAAAAGAAGUUCUUGGGAUGCUGCUGGAUAAAUCACCAGUUGAUGUGAAUAUGGUGAGGAUGCGGAUUAUGAAGGUGGAGAAGGUUAUUUCAGUUAAUGACAUUAGGGUAUGGUGCAUAAGUAGGGGUAAUCGAAUAACAAUGGCAAAUAUAACGGUGGAAAAUGGGGCAGAAUCAGAGAAGAUCCUGUGGGAGUGUAAGAAGAUCUUGCGCAAGGAAUAUUCCAUUAGUCUCUCCUGUAUAGAAGUACACAAAGAAUAA